GCAGGCUCGACGCGCGCGCCGCGCGCAGAUAAACGUCUUUCUUCCUCCCUUCGUUGACUCGCCGCGCGGUUGUUUGAAGCGCGGCGCGCUCGCUCGAGCACGCGCACACACGAGUUGCGGCGGACGUGACAACGAGGGGCUGCCUCCAUUCGCUGCGAUGUGUCAAACUGGUCGCCCAGCUGCUUCGCCGCUGUUGCUCUCGUUCUCUCCUUCCCCAUCCGCUCGCCACAACGGUUCGACGCAGCGGAAGCCGUCGGCACGUAUUGUCGGCCUCGUCGUCCCAGCGGUCUCGUUAGUGUCCCACUACCACUAACUCGCCCUGUUUCUAAAACUUUCUUUCCUUUCUCUUCCUUUGCUUCUACCGUGUUUCGUUCGCAACAGCCAGAGUCUGCCUGCUGUGUCGCGAGUUGUGCAAGGCAUUUGGUGCUGUGAUCGACGCGUGAGGCGAGCUUGCGUGGCCGCCAACUCAACUCUGGACUCAAGCACAAGGAAGAGCAAACAUAGAAGUGCGCGAAACAAACAAGCCUGUUUAGAAAUCGGUGAAAGCCCCGUUCGCAAUCUGAAACCAGGAUUGUUGGGAGGUUAAUAAGCCGUCGGGGGCCUUCUUCUCAACCUUCGAGGUUUUACGAGAACUCGACGGUGUUUGUAGAACUCAGCGGAUCCCCGCGCCUCACGGUAGUGAGGUGUGCCUUCGAAGAGUUGUGACACUGCCGGGUGACGAGUUCCACGAGGUGUCACACGCGUCGGUCAGCGUGCAGCAGUGCCGUAGGAGAAGUUCGGCGAGGAAGGCGUGGUCGCCGCCGACGGGCAAGCUCGCCGUGCGCAGCGCGCUGCGGCGGCUGGGAUCCGGCGUCGCGACGAAGUUCCUAGCGUUCGCCGAGCGGAUGCGCUCGUUCUGGAUCUUCUGGAGACGCAGGCACAAAGUGGGACAGCGUCACCGCGAGGAAGACGCCCACGAGCUGUGCGAAAACGACGCCAACUGCGACGCGGAUGGCCGUCACCGCCGGUUCUUCCUCAAGUCGGGCUCUUCGAGCGAGAGUCCUCGGCCAGCUGCUGUUCGCGUCGACAGCAGCAGCAGCAGCGACGACGAUGACGACGAGGAAGAAGACGAAGACGAGUACGAGGAUGAGUACGAGUACGAAGACGAGGACGAAGACGAGGACCUGACGUGCAACGUCUGCGAGCGCUCCUUCUCCACGGCCCGUCGGCUGUCUAAACACCAGCAGCGCAAGCGCCACUUCGGCUGCCCGGUAUGCGACGCCAUCUUCCCUUCACCGCUCGCGCUGGAAAACCACCGGGGAUCAAUGGAGCACUGGUCAGACGACGACGACGACGACCAGCAGGAGUCGCAUUCGAGGCGGCAACACCGUAGCUGGUGGGAAUGCGACGACGAAGACGAUGACCUGGACGACGAAGAAGACGAGGAAGACGAAGAGUCCUCGGAGGAAGACACCGACUUGGACGACGUCGAGUCGGGCCCCAACUCGCAGGAGCUCGAGCGGCUCUUGUGACUGCUGUGGCCGAGCGCCGCUCACUUCGAUGUCGCCCAGGGCGGCGCUGGGCGGCGCUGCUGCUGCGCUGCUGACGUCACCCGCUACUGAAGAGGCUCUUCGGCCCGGAUAAAAGGACGACGAUAUCAACAAGGCGGGUAAAUGUCGACCGAACAACAAUCGCUUGUGCCCUCCGCACAACGUCGUUCCGGGAGUUCUUAAACGGUCAUCUACCGGAGCAAGAGAAGCGCUUUAAGGACGCACAAAGCCACCCACUGGUCAACCGUAGAGGACUACCACAAGUAUGGGAGACGCGACGCAUUAGUCACGCUCCAGAAAGUGAAUCCUCCAAGAUGUGAUCCGGCGAGUGAUCCCACACCAACUGGCGACUCUUGGUGAAGUGGUCCUUUUAAUCGCCGUCGAUCACAACGCUUGUGAGAUGGGACCUUUUCGUGAUUGUUACCAAUGCCGGACGUAGAGCGCCGACGCUUGUGCCGAAAGUACUCAGUAUAGUAUUUGAUGUAGUACCCAGUACCACGAGUGCUGCUUUCCUGCUGUUUAUUUUUUUCACAGUUCCUUUUAUUUAGUGCGUUCGCGUCCAUCAGUUCGCACUCAGGGAAUCUCCGGAAUUUGAAGCGUAUUACUUUCAAUUUUUCUGUCUUUUGUGAGCUUUUUUGUCUCUAAAUCUAGAUGGACAAUAAAGGACGCCCCUUCAUUAUGUGGUUCAGAGAUAUAUGAAGAAUUUGCAUUGUGUAGAACACGCAGUGUUGGACGACUUGACGGAACCUGUCGCGUAUAUUGUUUCGACGUUGAAGAGAGAAUAAAAGAAACUUGUUGAU